AGGUCGAAGAGAGAAGAUGCUCUGUUAGAUUUAGCUUCAAGGUUGAUGUCAGCGAUGCUGGAUGACAUUUUAAUGGACGUAACCCUCCAGGUCCAUCAGGAGGCGGCAAGGAAUAGGGCGGUCUGCAAUGUUUGUCAUACUCGGUGCGGUUUGGUCCACGUCCCAGGACCAUCUGCGCCGCAGGGUAGUGGAGCAUCGUCCAUACCCCCUACGCCUGGCUCUUCGAUCGGUGGCAUAAAUGCAGGGGCAAAUACAACUACGAAUGGCAGUAACAAGGGCGAUGGCAACGUAUACUUUGAUUGUCUUAAUUGCAGUCGCUCGAUUACCUCCAACCGCUACGCGCCUCAUUUGAGUUCUUGUAUGGGAAUUGGGGCCAGGAAGGGUGCCGCGCGUAGCGUGAACGUCAAAUCCAAGAUGUCCUCUGACCAUGGACAAUCAAAGUCGCCAUCUUUCCAGUCGGAAAUUGGGGACAUGUCUGACGAUGCCAAGCCUUUGAAGAAUAAAGGGAAGUCAAAGGCUAAGCAAGCAGACGAAGCGGAAUAUAAUGUGACGAAGAAGAGGCCCGCUUCGCCGAUGGUAUCGCCGUCCAAGAAAAAGAAAUCAGCAACUGGAUCACCCCUCGUUCAAGCCAAGACGGAACCCGACUUGACGAAUGGCACAGCUUCACCGUUCAAAGUUCCGGCUUCCAAACUCAGGGAGUCUUCAAUCACAUCGGCUUUGGACAAGUCAAGUAUGCGUUCCCGGUCAUCGUCUAUCGACUCUCAUUCGUCCGCUUCUACGCGGACAUCCUCUAUCCUGUCCGGACGUGGCGUGGCCUUCCCGAAUGGCUCUCCAACGAAGAACAACCGGAAUAACCUCCCGAAGCCUCCCAGUCCCCCUCGAAUGCCCCCGCCAGCCAGGAUUCCUGAACCAGAUUUCAUGAUCGAUGUCGAAGGAGACGAAACGGGUUCAUCCACUGAUACCGACGACAGUUCUUAAUGCACCUGCCGUCUUUCCUGACUAUGCUUUGUUUUUCGUUUUCUUCCUGGCUCGUCAAUCCCGUAUGCAUACCCUCGUGUCCACUGAAGAUAUAUCCCUACCACGCACACUGUCGCUGCUAUCGUCUCAUUGCAAUCAUCCAUAAUAAUGUAAUGCUGCAUGUACUAUGCUUAUGUUUUGCCG